GUCAGGCGGGCGGUGAACGCCUUUGCGAUGCCGGGACAGCCGUGCUGAUCCCGCCUAUGAGAGGUGGCAGUGCCCCCCGUUGCAUCGCCUAUUCAUUUGAUGAUGAAGAAGAAGAAGACGGGAGCCUCGCCCAGCCUGAGAUCUGACUUUCCCCUCCCUGCAUUCCUCCGCCUCCUGUCAUUCCCUCUUCCUCAAUUCCUCCUCCAUUUUCCGCUUCUUAUCGCGUUUUUUCACGAGUUUCGUGUUCUCGCCCCCGCCAGCAUCGUGCUCGACCUAUUCUUUCCCUCUUAUCACCACCAGGUCGAGAUUCCAUCUACUUCCGGUCGGUCGCAUCCCACUCCAAUUGUCCGUCCCACCCGCGAAGCUUGCCGACCUCCGCUUUCUAAACCCACUCCAUUUCACUCAUUCGUGCAUUUCAAGAACCCGACUAACAUGUGAGGAUUGACUAGGUCGCUCCCAGUCGGAUUUGUCGACUCCACCGUCCAGCUCUACUGACCUCUCCCUCGAAGGCCUGCGUUGGCCGC